GUUCCGAGGAAAUUCGGGACUCGAGUUUCCCCGGGAAGAGGCGCGGCCCGAGACGAGCGAGAGUGGACAGGGCGGGUCCGAGUGGACCCCGGCGGCCCCCGCGCCUGUCUUUGACCUUGGCGGCGGGGGAGGGGCCCGGCCCUUGCGGGGCAGCCGCCGCCCGCCAGAGGGGGCAGCGGCGACCAACUUGCUCAACUUGGCGGCGCGGGCUGGGGCGGCUCCGGCGCCUCCGCCUUCUCCUCCUCUUCCCCCGAGCCUCCUCCUCCCCCGGUCCUCCUCGCAUCCGCCGCCGCCGCCGCCGGCCCCGCUGCGCGCCCAGCCCUGCCCCACAGCCCCGCGCGCCGCCGAGUCGCUGAGCCGCCGCCGCCGGACGGGACAGGACGGGCCGGGCCGGGCGCGCUCUCCGGGCCCCGCCGCGGGCAUGGGCGCGCUGGCCCGGGCGCUGCUGCUGCCGCUGCUGGCCCAGUGGCUCCUGCGCGCGGCCCCGGCGCUGGCCCCCGCGCCCUUCACGCUGCCCCUCCGGGUGGCCGUGGCCACUAGCCGUGGAGCUGCGCCCACCCCCAGGCCCGGGACCCCCUCCGAGCCCCGCGCCGUGCCCCGCGCCGACGGCCUGGCGCUUGCCCUGGAGCCCGCCGGGGGCGCGGCCAACUUCUUGGCCAUGGUGGACAACCUGCAAGGGGACUCUGGCCGCGGCUACUACCUGGAGAUGCUGAUCGGGACCCCCCCGCAGAAGCUGCAGAUUCUGGUUGACACUGGGAGCAGCAACUUCGCCGUGGCAGGUGCCCCGCAUGCGUACAUAGACUCCUACUUUGAUGCCGAGAGGUCCAGCACGUACCGCUCCAAGGGCUUUGAUGUCACCGUGAAAUACACACAGGGGAGCUGGACUGGCUUCGUUGGGGAGGACCUUGUCACCAUCCCAAAAGGCUUCAAUAGUUCUUUUCUUGUCAACAUUGCCACUAUUUUUGAGUCUGAGAAUUUCUUUUUGCCUGGCAUUAAAUGGAACGGGAUCCUUGGACUUGCCUAUGCAACCCUGGCGAAGCCAUCAAGUUCCCUGGAGACAUUUUUUGAUUCCCUGGUGACACAAGCAAAAAUCCCCAACGUUUUCUCCAUGCAGAUGUGUGGGGCAGGAUUGCCAGUAGCUGGACCUGGUACCAACGGAGGUAGUCUUGUCCUGGGUGGAAUUGAACCGAGUCUGUACAGAGGAGACAUCUGGUAUACCCCUAUUAAGGAGGAGUGGUAUUAUCAGAUAGAAAUUCUGAAAUUGGAAAUCGGAGGCCAGAGCCUUAAUCUGGACUGCAGAGAGUAUAAUGCGGACAAGGCCAUCGUGGACAGUGGCACCACACUGCUGCGCCUGCCCCAGAAGGUGUUUAACGCAGUGGUCGAAGCUGUGGCCCGCACAUCUCUGAUUCCAGAAUUCUCUGAUGGUUUCUGGACUGGGUCCCAGCUGGCAUGUUGGACGAAUUCGGAGACACCUUGGUCUUACUUCCCUAAAAUCUCCAUCUACCUGAGAGCCGAGAACUCCAGCAGGUCGUUCCGGAUAACUAUCCUGCCUCAGCUUUACAUUCAGCCCAUGAUGGGGCCUGGCCUGAAUUAUGAAUGUUACCGAUUCGGCAUUUCCCCUUCCACGAAUGCGCUGGUGAUUGGUGCUACCGUGAUGGAGGGUUUCUACGUGGUCUUUGACAGAGCUCGGAAGAGGGUAGGCUUUGCAGCAAGCCCCUGUGCAGAAAUUGCAGGUGCUCCGGUGUCUGAAAUUUCUGGGCCUUUCUCCACAGACGAUGUAGCCAGCAACUGUGUCCCUGCCCUGCCUUUGAAUGAGCCCAUUUUGUGGAUUGUCUCCUAUACUCUUAUGAGCGUGUGCGGAAUCAUCCUUCUUAUCUUAAUCAUCCUGCUGCUAGUUCCGUUCCGGUGUCGGCAUGGCCCCCGCGAUCCUGAGGUUGUCAAUGAUGAGUCCUCUCUCGUCCGGCAUCGCUGGAAAUGAAGAGCAAAGCCUGAACUCGGGCAACCUUGAACUCAACUAUUAAGAGAAAUAAAUUUCAAGUGCAGUAAGCAGGGGUUCUAAGGCAAGGUUUCUUCCUAUGUCCAUUAGUCUUAAAUCUCUGUUCUGCUCCCAGAUGCCUUCGAGACUCACUGUAUUUUGAUUCUUGAUUUUAAAGCUUCCUCCUUCUCUCCUACUUCCAAGAAAAAUGAUAAUAAAAAACACCUCCUUCUAAACCAAAACAGA